ACAGUGCAAGUCUUCAUGUUAAAAAGACCCGUUCAGAAGAAUUGGAUCGUCCUUGAACGCAACACUACACACGACCAACUGGCUUCAAACACGGCGCACAUCUGCAAAAACACACGGGAGACUAAACUAAUCGAUUACCGAGGCGUUUCUGCAGAAAAGUGCCUCAAAACAACAACAACAUCCUCCUUACAUGUCCUCUGUUAUCCAGGAGGAAUGAAUAAUCCACCAUGGCCCAAAGGGAAGAAACUAGUACACUUGGAUCUGAAAGGAGCCCCUCCAAGAGUAGGAUACCUGCACAAGCUGAUAGAGCUGUUCUCCCAGCUGGGGGCGGAUGGUCUGCUGGUGGAGUAUGAAGACAUGUUUCCCUAUGAGGGGGAUCUGAAGCUGCUGCAGGCCACACAGCACCCUGCUUACAGCCGAGAGGAGGUGUUAUCCAUGCAGGAGUUUGCUAAGUCCAAAGGCUUGGAGGUCAUCCCACUGGUGCAGACGUUUGGUCACAUGGAGUUUGUGUUGAAGCACGGUUCCCUGAGCAGCCUGAGGGAGACGGCGUCCUGCAUCGGAACCCUGACCCCCCACAGAGAGGAGGGUCUGCAGCUGCUGAUGGAGAUGAUGAAGCAGGUGGUGGAGCUUCAUCCGGGAGUGAAGACUCUGCACAUCGGAGCGGACGAGGUGUACUUGCUGGGCGAAGGUGAGGAGUCCAAGCUGUGGCUCUCGUCCCCUGAACGCACCGUGGAGCAGCUGUUCCUGAGUCAUGUGACCAAAGUGGCCGGGGCAGUGAAGGCAAAAUGGCCGAACAUCAGCAUCAUCAUGUGGGACGACAUGAUGAGAGAAAUGAGCCCAGAGACACUGAAAGCGAGUGGUUUGGUGGGACUGGUCCAGCCCAUGUUGUGGGACUACACCCCAAAUCUGGACGUGGAAAAGACCGUGUCUCUGCUGGAGAAGUACUGCAGUGCAGGUUUAUCUGAUGUUUGGGCAGCGAGCUCCUUUAAAGGCUCCACCUGCGUUCACACCUGUGUGCCGAGCACCCAGAGACACCUGGAGAACCACGAGAGGUGGCUUCAGGUCGCUGCGUCUGUCUCUGCUGCCGUGCACCUGCAGGGCAUCGCUCUCACCGGCUGGCAACGGUACGACCACCUGUCCGUGCUGUGUGAGCUGAUGCCCACGGCUCUCCCCUCUCUCGCAGCCUGUCUGCAGACGCUGAUCCUGGGUCAGUUCAGUGCCGAGGCUCAGAGACACGUGACAGAGAGACUGGGAAUCCCCUCAGUGGAGGUGGAGGACAUCGGGAGGACUUCUGCAGACGACUCUCUGUUCCCAGGGCGGAGGCUGGCGGAGUUAACCGUGGAGCUCAAUGCGCUGCUGAACUCGGACGACAUACGAUUCUUUGACAACAACAUGUACGUCAGAGGAUGGUUCAGCCCGUUCCACAGACAGAGGAAGAUGGUCACCUCCCUCAUCACCCGGCAGAUUCACAGCCAAGCAUCAACGUAUUUGGCUACGAUCCAGGAGAAGGUGGAGGCUUUGAAAGAGGAGAUGGUUCGUCUUUACCCAGAUUCAACCGCCGAGGAGUGGAUCGAGGAGCACGUCAGCCCUGUGGUGGCUCCUCUGCAGAGGAUCAUGGAGGAUUUCUCUGCCUGUGUGACGGAAACGCAGCCUUAGAAUGUUUUACCAGCUCAAUAUCAGACUGCUUUUUGAUGCAUUUCAAUGUUGAUUUGUUGUUUUUUUGCAACCAGCACUUUAAGUGGCAAAACACAUCUGUUAAAGUUCUCCCAAAUGGUGUAAUUGUGAGUGUUGUAACAGCAAAAACAACCUGAUUGCUUUUCAUUUACCUCCAAGUCUAAGAAAUUAGGGUUGUCGAAGUUACAGUAUAAUAACUUUAAUAAUUGUAAUAAAUCAUUUUUUGUAUUAACGCA